AUGGACAAAUCACAAGAAUUCAUCAAACAAUGUCUUUUCACAAAGAAUUUUAAUAACCCAAAUAAACCAAUUGAUGAAAAUAGACUGAGAGACACAUUACUUGUGAUACCUACUGAUGGCGGAGUUUCUCAAAGACUAAAACAAAGCAAAAGUAAAUUUUCAUUGAGUACAGAUAAUCUUGUUUCAAUAGAUAGUAAAAUCAAACAUCCAACUUAUCGUGACAUUAAUAAGAAUUCUAAAAUUGCCAUGAAAAAAUACAUUCAAAAAUGUAGAAGUUUAUCCAAGAAAGUCAAACAUAUUGCAUACAAACAAAAAAUCAAUAAUAAAGAUGUUCUAUAUAAAUAUUUACAGGACAAACAACCAGAAAUCUUAGAAGAGUUACCACGUUAUGAAAAUUAUUUACCAAUGUAUGAGAAACUAUGGAUAGGUUAUAUAAGAGAGGUUCUUGGAUUAGGAAAGGAUAUAGACGAUUGUAAGAAAGUAAAAAUCAAUGAAACCAUUGCUUUGAUGAAAUUAUCCAUGGCUGAAUAUAAUGGAUCGCUUUUACGAGUAGUUAAAAGUAUUAAUAAGGAUAUUAUUGGUAAAGAGGGUAUCGUGAUAUGGGAUAGUCAAAAAUCCUUCAUUAUGGUAACAAAGGGUAAAUUAAUAGAUGAAAUUAAAGUCAUACCCAAAAAGGGUACAGUCUUUAAUUUCGAGGUCCCAGUGAAUGAUACUGAUGCAUUACAAUAUACAAUUCUGGGUGAUAGAUUCAAAUACAGAAGCAGUGACCGUGCUGCAAGAAAAUUUAAAAGUAGAAGGUGCGAUGACCUGUUAUAUUAUCUGCAAAAAUGA